GAACUCUGCCCUCUUUGCGAAGCAUCAUGGCGCCUUGGCAAGGCCGAGUCCUCGUGCGCCUCGACCAGUCUCCGGAGAUCUUGGUUCGCCCGUUCUUCUCCUCGUCGCGUGCUGCGACCUCGACUGUUCCCCGGAACGCUUAGAGUCAGGUACCGGACCCUCUUGCUGAAACAGCAAAACCUCUUCCUUCCCGGUGACGUCGGCUGAACGUUGUCUUCGACUCGAGCUCUGGACUCUUGCGACAAGUCAGUGCUGGUCAGACGAUCCACGGUCUAGAGCGAGUACGGACCGAGCGACGAAGGAUUUCAGGCCGACGGUGGUGCAAGAGACGGCCGAGUCCGUUCGGCACGAGCACUGCUUUCCUCUCACUCAGCCUUGUGCUACGACCACGGAAGCCUGCAGGACAAUCAUCCAACCACGCACGUGGCCAGUCGUCGAGGACGCAAGCACAUAUUCGAGACACCUUAUAGUCCUACACCGCCAUCAGAAGCACGAAAGGGACACAAAGGUCCUGCACUCCUUCAUACUUGAGCUUUCUGCACGACAGAGGACUUCGACAUAGCGAGAAGGUUUAACGUACGACACCUGUGGUCCAGGGCGGCUGAGACAAGAGACGGCACGAGACGGCUACAUGCGCAUCGAUGAAAGACUCGGGAGAUGAGGACACGAGCUCGAACAUAGGGUUGCACGGGCAGCCCGCUGCUUUGCAAGUAAUAUGUCUCGGCUCUGGAGGUGGCCCGAGUGAGGACAAUGUGACCGGUUUUCUCGUGCGCUCUGUGGGCAGCAAUUGGGCUAAAGGCUCGAUGCUUGCGGUUGAUGCUGGCUCGCAUUUGGCUCCAAUAACGCGCAUGCUGGAGAGACACUUUCCUGCUGUUAACAGCCCUCCGAAACCAAGAUCAACAAUCCUCGGUUCCGGUCCGUUUGCUGGUCUCAAAUUCCCGAACGAGUCCGCGCGAGCAAAUGCACUCCACGUGCUUCGAACGUACAUCUCGACAUAUCUCAUCACUCAUCCACAUCUUGAUCACCUUUCGGGCUUCGCCAUAAACACUGCAGCGUUCCAUGCGACGUCGAGACCAAAGACUCUCGCCGCGCUGCCCAGCACAGUCGAUGCGAUCAAGACCCACAUUUUCAACGAUGUCAUCUGGCCGAAUCUCACGGACGAAGAUGGUGGAGUCGGCUUUGUGACCUUUCAAAGACUGAAAGAGGGCGGAGACGUCAUGGUCGGCGAGGGAGAAGGUAGGGGCUACAUUGAAGUCUGCGACGGUCUCGCUGUGCGCGCUUUCAAGGUGUCGCAUGGGUGUUGCACCAAGAGUCCACCAAGUCAUCAGCAUCGCGGCAGCAUGACGGCCUUUGCAGACUCGCAACCUUCGUACAACGGAUCGUUACAGGCGUCUCACGACCUCGCCUCGAGUAUGGUGCGAACCUCGUCAAUCUCGCACGCUGUACAACCUAGCCCGCCGGAAGGCGUAUGCGUGGUAGACAGUACUGCCUACUUCCUCCGUGAUGAGGACACACAGCGAGAAAUCUUGAUCUUCGGAGACGUGGAACCCGACUCCCUCUCGCUGAGUCCUCGAACAUACCUCGUAUGGCAAGAAGCCGCACGAAAGGUCGCACAUGAUAUUCUUGGUGGCAUUUUCAUAGAGUGCAGCUACGACGACAGUCAAGCUGAUGCAAUACUCUUCGGCCACUUAAACCCAAGGCAUCUGAUCGCGGAACUGCAAAACCUCGCAAGCAUGGUGAUUGAAGCUCGCAACGCACGCCAAGCCGAGCACAACACGAAGAAACGCAAACGAUCAGGACAGAACAGUCUCGACGACUUUGUCCGCAACAGCAACACCUCACCAGGUACUGCUCGAAAGCGUAGCAGGAGUUCAGCUAACAGCCAUGGCAGCACCUCCGCUCCAUCUCUCCAACACGAACAAAGCGUCUGCAGCGUCUCCAGCACAACAGUGCCACUGAACGAGGAUGUUGCCAACACCGUGCCACCUCUAAACGGUAUCAAGAUCUUCAUCAUCCACAUCAAAGACACGCUAAAAGAUGGGCCGCACGUGAGUGAGCGGAUUCUCGCGGAGUUACAGGAGCACGAGGCGAGGCUGCAGGAAAUGGGACAUGGAUUGGGGUGUGAAUUUGUGAUUUCGCAGAGUGGUGAGAGUUAUUGGUUUUGA